AUGGCUUCGGCUCUGGAUGUCCCGGCGCUGAAGCGAAGGCUGCAAUCGGUUGGCAUCCUCCCACCAAGCGUCUUGGACGCCAUCCCAGCAGUGGAGACGAUCACGAGGGAUGGCGCAAUUGCCUGGUGGAGCUUUGUGGCCGUUUCCUUGGGUCUCAGGCUGGGCACUUGCUGUGGCAGCUUCGGGGAUCAGAGGAAGCGGAACUUGGAGCUCAGCUUUGACCUUGACCGUGUUGCUGAGCGGGAGAAGAAGCUGCGACGUGUCGUGGAUGAGGACCCCGUUCUUCGGAACCGUUCCCUGGCAGACUUCGUCAUCUGCCUGAAGGAUGUUCAGCAGCGGUUGCCUAUGGAGGCGGUUCGAACUACCCAGGACCGCGGCGGAGAUUCCAACUUGACACUUCACGAGCAAGGCAUGAAAAUGGUGCCCUCGUCAACGGUUGCUGGCAUCCUGCCGCCAGUGAGCAAGAAGGUGGUCUUCCAGUCAGGACUUCUCCGGACCAUCCUCAAGUCCUCCUGGGCCCAUGCUGUCAGGUUGAAACCUGGCGACUGGCUGAUAAGCAUCAACGGGGACGCUGUCACGAAGAUGAGGGAGCACGAUUGCUUCGAGCUCCUUCAGAGACAUCGUCCGCUUCGUCUCCUUUUCGCCCGUCGCUGCAGCAAGAGCGCCACCCCGAAGCUGAAGCGACCGAACAAGAUAGCCGUCAAGCUGGACGAGGCCAUCCUUUUCUCGCAGCAGAACUCGGUGUCAGAGCCCAGCGUCGAGGUCAAACAGGCCUUGCAAAACGUGGAGGAGGAGGUGGAAGAGGAGGAGGUGCCUGAACAGCCGGCGCCAGUUCCAGCUGAGGCUGACACCAAGGUGGACCAUCCCGCAGCGGACCACCCCGCAGCGGAUCAUCCUGCCCCCUCAGGUGGAGCGAUGGCAGACGAGCCGAUGCAACAGACGCUAGGACCAGAGGAGCUUGCGAAUGAAGCCGCAGAUGCGCAGACAAGCCCGGCAGCCUUCAGCGCACAGGAUGCACAAGGCUCCACCAUCUUCUCCGAGCAGUACGAUGCCGACGACUUCGACGAUUUCGAGCCGGAGGAUUCAAUGGAGCAGGUGGAGAUGCAGCAAGAGCUGGAGGCCCACGUGACUUCGGGAGGAGCUGAGGACGUGAAUGAGGACACGCCUCCAGGAGAUACGGAAGCAAAAGUCGAGCAGACAGAGACGUCGGCGACGACGAAUGCUGCCGAGGGGGCAGAGGAGCCCUCUCACAUGAGCUCCACAGUUCUGUCGGACCAGUAUGAGGGCGACUGGGAUGAGGACUUCGAGGAGGACGACCCGGAUGCUGAAGAAGCGGACCUGGAGGUGACGCAGCGCAAUGUGACGUUUGCUCCUGAGGCAGAUGCCCUGGCGGACGCUCGUGACGAUGGUUCAGCUGUCGCUCCUCGACAAGGAACUGGCUUCGUCCGAAUGUCAGACCUCCCCGACGACGACGAUGAGUCCGAGGUCGCUGGCAAGAACGUCACCUUUUCACCGGAAGUUGAAGAGUCACGUGGAGACCAAUCGUCGAACUGGCGGCAAGGCACCGGCUUUGUCAGAGUUUCCGAACUUCCGGAGGACUCUCCUGAGGCCGACGAGAGGAUUGUGUCAUUUUCGCCAGACGACCAGAUGAACGGCGACGACUCACAAGUUUGUCGGAAAGGCACAGGUUUCGUCAGAGUCGCCGACCUCCCGGACGACGAUGAAUCCGAGGAAGAGCGGGCUGUGCAUUUCUCACCAGAAGUCGACGAGUUGGGCGAGAACCCUUCGCCUUCCGCGCCUCGGAAAG